AUGUUUUCAUCAUAUUUGUUCAAUGGAGUUCUUUCAAGCUUUCUUCCACAUUAUAUAGUAUGUGCUUUCUCCAUGUCCAUGUUUCUCUCUCUGAUUAUUUUAUUUCCUCCCUAUUUCUCUCUUUUUUUUUUUUUUCCACCCAUUAACUCUCUUCCGUCUCUUCCGUCCCUCUCUCCUCUUCCGUCUCUCCCCUCCCUCUCUCCUCUUCCUCUCCCCCUCCCUCUCUCCUCUUCCGUCUCUCCCCUCCCUCUCCCUCUUCCGUCUCUCCCUCCCUCUCUCCUCUUCCGUCUCUCCCCUCCCUCUCUCCUCUUCCGUCUGUCCCCUCCCUCUCCCCUCUUCCGUCCGUCCCGUCCCCUCCCUCUCCCCUCUUCCGUCCGUCCCCUCCCUCUCCCCUCUUCCGUUCGUCCCCUCCCUCCCCUCUUCUGUUCGUCCCCUCCCUCUCCCCUCUUCUGUUCGUCCCCUCCCUCUCCCCUCUUCUGUUCGUCCCCUCCCUCUCCCCUCUUCUGUUCGUCCCCUCCCUCUCCCCUCUUCUGUUCGUCCCCUCCUCUCCCCUCUUCUGUUCGUCCCCUCCCCCUCUCUUGUCGUCUCUUCGUCUAUCCCCUCUCCCCACUCGUCAUGUCUCCCCGUCCGUCCCCUCUCCCCCCUCGUUGCGUCUCCCCGUCUGUCCCCUCUCCCUCUUCAUCCGUACCUCUUUCUCUCUCCCUCACCGCCGUCGCUUCGCUCUCUCUCUCCCGUCGCUUCGCUCUCUCCACCCCGUUCCUCUUCUCCCCCCUCUCCUCCCCCCUCUCUCUCUUCCCCCCCGUUCCUCUUCUCUCUCUUUCUUUUAACAAUGUCAAGCAAGAAUUAUCUCACAAGAAUGCAAUAAAAUCGUGGAAUGAGAACUGUCACGACACCCAAACAAAUACGACUGACCGACGACGGCAGAAGCAAAAGCUGUCUCUGCCGCCGCCGUCUGUUUUUCGGAUUAUGAUGAAUUUCUUCAUCUUUCCAUCAUUUCCAGAUUUCUUCAUCUUUCCAUCAUUUCCAGAUUUCUUCAUCUUUCCAUCAUUUCCAGAUUUCUUCAUCUUCUCUCCAUCAUUUGCAGAUUUUUUUCUUCUUCUCUCCAUCAUUUGCAGAUUUUUUUCUUCUUCUCUCCAUCAUUUGCAGAUUUUUUUCUUCUUCUCUCCAUCAUUUGCAGAUUUUUUUUCUUCUUCUCUCCAUCAUUUGCAGAUUUUUUCUUCUUCUUUUGCAGAUUUUUUCUCCAUCAUUUGCAGAUUUUUUUCUUCUUCUCUCCAUCAUUUGCAGAUUUUUUUCUUCUUCUCUCCAUCAUUUGCAGAUUUUUUUCUUCUUCUCUCCAUCAUUUGCAGAUUUUUUUCUUCUUCUCUCCAUCAUUUGCAGAUUUUUUUCUUCUUCUCUCCAUCAUUUGCAGAUUUUUUUUCUUCUUCUCUCCAUCAUUUGCAGAUUUUUUUUCUUCUUCUCUCCAUCAUUUGCAGAUUUUUUUUCUUCUCUCCAUCUUCUUCUCUCCAUCAUUUGCAGAUUUUUUUCUUCUUCUCUCCAUCAUUUGCAGAUUUUUUUUCUUCUAUCAUUUGUUUUUUUCUUCUUCUCUUCAUCAGAUGCAGAUUUUUUUUCUUCUCUCCAUCAUUUGCAGAUUUUUUCUUCUUCUCUCCAUCAUUUGCAGAUUUUUUUCUUCUUCUCUCCAUCAUUUGCAGAUUUUUUUCUUCUUUUCUCUUUAUACUUCUAGAUUGUUUUUCUUCUUUUCUCUUUAUACUUCUAGAUUGUUUUUCUUCUUUUCUCUUUAUACUUCUAGAUUGUUUUUCUUCUUUUCUCUUUAUACUUCUAGAUUGUUUUUCUUCUUUUCUCUUUAUACUUCUAGAUUGUUUUUCUUUUCUUUGCAACAAAUUUUACUUUUGGAACUUUUUUCUAAAGCUGAAACCAUAUCAACAAUAA